AUUAAAUAGUGUCGUUCGGCUCAUCACAAUUACACAAACUUUCAUCAAUAACUCAGUUUUCAACAUGACUUCGAUUCACGAUUUGCUCGACGAAAUUCUGGAGAUGAUUUUCAAAGAACUCCCACAUCACGAUCGUCUCAUUUGCAAGGAAGUUUGUCAGCGAUGGUACAUUUUACUGAUGGAAUCGCCAGUUUUCAAAGCGGAUCGUCAUAUUUUCCUAACAAAUUGCCAAUUACAAGAUGAUUUUCCGCCAAUGUCGAUAUUUCUCAAUGCAACUCGACCCUAUGAGAAUUUGAAAUUUGGUGAUAUAAUUCAAAUCAGUGACUUCCAAAAAUCUGCAAACUAUAUCCGAAGCUUUGUUAAGACCUUAAACUUCAUUGGGACUAAAAAAAUGUGGAUGUUGCUUAUUUUAGAAAAUGCUCCAUUGCUUGAGUCUCUUGAUUUUAUUGAGGGAGAUUUGAGUUUACCUGUUAAGAAUUCAGUUUUUAAUGAAGUCAUUGAAUUUAAAAACUCAAAAAAACACUUAGAGCAACUAAAAACUAUCAUCCCGUCAGCCUGCAAAGUCAACUGUCACAUGAAAUUUAAUCAUUUUUUGUUUAGUAAGGAAAAUAUAGAGAAUUUAGCGGAAUUUCUUUCAACAGACCAAACAACGUUCUUCAUCGACUAUAUUCAUGCUAAUUUUAAAAACAUCACAAAACAAACGAUCGAGAAGUUUUUAGCUUGUGACGUAAAUUAUGAAACUUUUGAAUUAGAUAUUACCGGAAAUAAUAACUUCGAAUACGACAGCUUUCUGGACAAGCUGAAGGCGAGCAAUAUUACACUAAAUUUGCCGUUUUCAAAUGUUUUUCCACCGAUUCCUAACAAUUUUCACAGAAUAACGCAAGUAGGAUUCUGUAAACUGUCAAAUGCCUCAAAAUGGUUGCAGUUGUGUACCAAUUUAAAAUCCAUAAAAUGCAUUUUUCCAAAUAUGUUCAAUGAAUGCUGGUUUGGUCAUGAAGCAAUUCAACAUAAUACACUAGAGAGCUUCGUCUCAACAAACAGCUUUAUGACAUGUGAUCAAUGUUUGGCGGCGUUGACAAAAAGCUUCGAAAACUUGAAGAAUAUUUGUAUUAUUUCUGCUUCAAAGCUUCUUUUGAAAGCAAAUAGCUGGCCAAAAUUGGAAAAGAUGGAUCUUAAAUGCUUCGAGCUCAACUUGGAGCUACAAGAGAAUCUCAGAAAUAAUCCUUUGAGCUCGUUGCGCGAAUUAAAGUUGGAAAUAUUGGAUCCUCCACCUAGAAUACACUUGUGGAGAUUACCAUCAGGCCUUGUUGAGGAUUAUAUCAAUAUAAUUUAUCCAAACGUGGAAAAAAUUGAAUUUUUGAAUGGACUUUGUUUAGACGAAGAAUUGAAGAACUUUUAUGAAGUCCCAACAAAAGAUCGGCUUGAACUAAAACUAAUCAAAAAAGAGUCAUACUAAUUAAAAUUUUUCUUGUGCAAAUUUUUAGUUAAAUAAUUUCUAUCAAAUUUAAUUUUCAGUUGUUUAAAAAAUCAAAAGUAACUAAAAUGAAACAAAAAUAUUUGCAAGAAUUUUGUGAACUUUUUUUAAAAUUUUUUUGGAGUUGCAAAUCGAACCAAAAGUUUUCAUUGAUUAA